AUGCACCUUUUACCUGCAUGCCAACCUGCAACAAUGAAUUCUGCAAAGGACCAAGUGCUGGACUCGCCAGAGCUCCUAGAGAUGAUCCUGGUGCAGAUGGACAUGCGCUCGCUUCUCACAUCCGCCCAACGGGUCUGUCACCGUUGGGUCAACCUGAUCAACAAAUCGCCGUCAAUCCAGAAAGCUCUUUUCUUCACUCCGAUCAAAGACUCUGAAUGGGGAACAGAUCAAAAGACUCCAAACCCGCUACUGAAGGAGGCUUUUCCUUCCAUCUUCCCUGCCAAGGGAAGACAACAGCGCUUCGAGUUCGACUUUUCCGACAUGGCCAUCACCAAAGACGCCUCAGCCAGGGCUCGAUUUGUAAGAAAGGACGCAAGCUGGCGCAGGAUGCUAGUCCAACAACCUCCCAUUCGGAACAUUGGACUGUUUCAUAUCAGUCACGCAAUGGGCGGCGAUGGUGCUUCAACCUCUAGUAUCCCGCCCGAUGGGAAGAUGCAAGAAUCAGGAUAUGACGGUAUCCGGAUGGAAAGGCUCUUUGAACUGUUGCUUUUCUGUAAUCGAGUCGAAUUCGCAUUUAACACCCGAUCUCGGGUUUACUGGUCCUGUGAAGAGCCUAUCUCAUUUGACGCCAGCUCAAACAGGAACAACGAACUGUUCUAUCGCAUGUUGAGCAAAUUUGACUUGGUGCUUUAUACACGCGAGGUGGUGCAGUGCUGUCCGAGGCAGACAGACCCAAGCGCCGAGGAGCUUACCAGGAGGGAGAUUAUCGCAGCAUAUAAAGAACAUGGCCUGGAUGCCGGUGCCAAAAGCAAGGAUAUUGAAAGAGUCGUCGUCUAA